UUUGCAAUCCGUGCCAUGGCCCGUCACCUAAAACUAGCCAGGCCAACUCCAUAAAGAAAUUUCUCCGAUUUCAUUAGCACAAUUUGCGUCAUUUCCUUAUCCCCUUAAAAGAUCUCUAUCGCUUCCCACUUGACCAACUUCCCCCAGCUCACAUUCCUACACAAGUUCACAAUCCUUGCAAUUAGCGAAUCAAUCUCACAAAGUCUUUCAUCAACACCAUGCCUAAAACCAAGAAAAAUGCUUGCAAGGAUGCCACCAAGUUGAGCAAAUUACUGAAGGCACCCAUUAGGAUUCUCAUCAAGGCCAGAGACUUCUACGUGCGGAGCCUGACCGACUGCUCGGGCCACAUCGGGUAUGGCAACGUCAUGGGCUGCCCGACAGGCCAGAUCAACACCCUGCCCCGGAGCUUCAGCGUCAGCUCGAGCAAGUCGGGCAGUGCCAACACAGACGAGGACUACCGGGAGCUUGUGAGGCUGGCCUCCCUUAGGAGCCUGAGCAGCAAAGUCAGGUCGGACCUCACGAGGACACAGCAUGUUGCUGCGCAGUCCCCGAUGACCGCAACGAAUAAUAAGAUGCCGAGGAGUUUCAGCACCGGAAUCGGGAGGAUCGAUGAAGACAAGCCGUGUGAAUUCGGGGAAGAAGUGAUGGUGAAGGCCGACGUGUACACCAGAAGCCGCAGCUACGUGCCUGCGAAGAGGACUUCUGGGUUGAUUUGAGACCCGGGAGACAUUGGAGAAGGCGAAAAUGGGGCGGCUUCAAUUUGUUUACUUUCCAGGGAAAACUUUGGAGGAGGUUCUUCUACUUUCCUUUUAAUUUUCGUUUUUUUUUUUUUUUUUUUUUUUU